AUGGAGCGACUUUCUGCUGCUAGCACAGGCGCCAGCGCUUUCGACCGCGGUACCUGUGCAUCUACCUGUAACUGGUCGCCGUCCGUUCUCCACAGCGUGACGCCUGGCCAGUCGAUGCCCCGAGAUGUGAUGGCCUCCCUGAGCAGCUAA